GGAAAGGGCCACCAAGGCCUGCGCUCGUCGGGGGCGGAGGAAGCCCGGCCUGGCCGCGCUCCCGCCCCGCCCCGGGGGUAUUUAAGGCCGCCCUCCCCGCCCCGAUACCCCGGGUGUAGCGCAAUGGCAGAGGAGGCAAUGGAGAGCUACCUGUACGCCGCCUACCACCCCUACUCCUACCGCUACCCGCCGCCCAAGGGCAAAGGGGCGGCGACGGGCGGCUGGCGGCCGCGGGGCAGCGGCUACUUCUCGGGCUACGGGGAGGCGGCGGCGGCCGCCGAGUACUUCGACAACUACCAGCGGGCGCAGCUGAAGGCCAUCCUCUCCCAGGUCAACCCCAACCUGACACCGCGGCUCCGCAAGGCCAACACCAAGGAGGUGGGCGUGCAGGUGAACCCGCGGCAGGACGCCUCGGUGCAGUGCUCCCUCGGGCCCCGCACGCUGCUGCGCCGCCGCCCCGGCACCCCCGCCGGGCCGCGUCCCCGCGAGGCCGAGCAGGAGCAGGGCAGCCUGGCCACCACCAGCACCCGCGCCGUGCGCUUCCCCCGCACCAUCGCCGUCUACUCGCCCAUGGCGUCCCGCAGACUUACCGCCUUCCUGGAGGAGCCGGGUCCGGAGCCGGAGCGGCGGCCGCAGCAGCAGGAGGAGGAAGCGGCGACGGCAGCGGCCGUCGAGGAGGAGCCGGCUGCGCUGCGAGAGCAGCGGGAGGCAGAGGCGGCAGCCGUGCGGGCGAGCUGGGAGAAGCCGCCCGAGAGUGGCACCGAGCCGCUAGAGCAGCGCCCGGCCGAGCCGCUGGAGCAGCGUCCGGCCGCCACUGCGGAGCCGCCGGCGGCGGGGCCGGAGGAGAACCGGGAGGAGGACGCGGCGGCGCGGGCAGAGCCGGCGGCCGCCCCUCAGAAGCGGGAGCCGGCGGCGGGCAAGACUCGCCUGCGCUUCCAGUUCCUGGAACAGAAGUACGGCUACUACCACUGCAAGGACUGCAACAUCCGCUGGGAGAGCGCGUACGUCUGGUGCGUCCAGGGCACCAACAAGGUCUAUUUUCGGCAGUUCUGCCGGACCUGCCAGAAGUCCUACAACCCGUACCGCGUGGAGGACAUCACCUGCCAGAGCUGCAAGCAGACCAGGUGCACCUGCCCCGUGAAGAUGCGCCACGUGGAUCCCAAGAGGCCCCACCGCCAGGACCUCUGCGGGAGGUGCAAAGGGAAGCGCCUCUCCUGCGAUAGCACGUUUAGUUUCAAAUACAUCAUCUGAGUGGGAUGGGUUGUUUUUUUUUUUUUGUUUUGUUUAGGGCUCUUCUAGAAAACUGCAAGUAGAGCAGAUUUUUUUGGUUGUUAUUGUUUGAAGGUACUUAGUGAGGUGUAGGUAGGAAAGCAUGCAAAUAAAAGUAUUACGAAGCACA